UACAGAGCAAACACUUCUAUGUUAACUUGGUGAAGGAAAUAUGGUAAUGUGCUCACAGGGAAGGCAAAUAAAGCCAUGCUUGCAAUGAACCCAGCUGGCAGCUGCUGAAAAUAGCCAGGUGCUUUCCCCCUUCUCCCAUGGCUAAGCAGUGACGUUCUUCAAAUGUUCCAGUCUCCCAAGUGCAGAAGAUCCCCCUGAAGCUGCUUAUCUCCUUACUCCAGCCUGACUACCAAAGCAUAUAAAAUGCCCUGAGACCCAGACUAGGGCUUGCUCCAUGGCAGAGAGACUUUAAGAAGGACCUGGCCGUUAUGGAUGAGCUACCACUGUUCUCCUUUGACCCCGUGACCUUUUACCAAGGGCUCACUUUUCCCUUUGCUCUUCUAUUCAAUUUUCUUUGUGCCAUAGAUUCUUUUUCCAUCACUGCCAGACACAUCUUCCUCCUCCUGGGAGGCUGCCUGCUCGCCUGGACAGCCAUGGCCCAGUACGCACUCCUGGUCUUCAUCCCUGCUUUCUGUGCUGUGGCUCUCCUCCAGUCCGUCAGCCCAGAGAAGGUCCACUGCUGGAUGUUCUCCUUCCAGAUGACUUGGCAGACCCUCUGCCACCUGGGACUACAUUAUACAGAGUACUACCUUCAAGAACCUCCCUGCGUGAGGUUCUGUAUCAGCCUAUCUUCCCUUAUGCUCCUAACCCAGAGAGUCACCUGGCUCUCUCUGGACAUUGGUGAGGGGAAAGUGGUGGUGAAGGAAGCCUGGCGAGGCCCCUGCGUGCUGGCAUUCUGCAGCUACCUACUCUUCUUCCCAGCUCUUCUGGGCGGCCCUCUGUGUUCCUUUAGGAGGUUUCAGGCUCAAGUGAGCCAGCCAGGGUCACUGUGGAGGCCGCUGGCCUUCGGCCCUGCCACCAGGAGGGGCCUGCUGCUGCUGGGGCUGCAGCUGCUGAAAAGCUUGGUGAGGGGCAUGCUCGGGGAUGGCACUGGCUUGGCAGACUGCCGCCAACUCGGCUGCGUCUAUGUCAUGUGGACCACUGCUGUGCUCUUCAAACUGACCUACUACUCCCACUGGAUCCUCGAUGAAUCUGUCCUCUACGCAGCAGGCUUUGGGCUGGACUCCGGGUCGCCCCUCCAUGGGGAGGGAGAUGUCUCGGAUGCAGACAUCUGGACCUUGGAGACAACUCACAGGCUUGCUCUGUUCACCAGGACGUGGAACCGGAGCACUACGAGGUGGCUCCGGAGGCUUGUCUUUGAGCGGGCCGAGGCCUGGCCGCUGCUGCAGACAUUUGCCUUCUCCGCUUGGUGGCAUGGGCUCCAUCCCGGCCAGGUCUUUGGCUUCCUGUGCUGGGCGCUCAUGGUGGAAGCUGACUACCUGAUUCAUGGCUGUGCCAAUGUGCUGAUCAGUUCCUGGUUGGGGAGGCUGCUCUACAGGGCUGUCACCUGGGCCCACACGCAGCUCAUCAUCGCCUACAUCCUGCUGGCGGUGGAGCUCAGGAGCAUCUCCGCACUCAGGCUGCUGGGGGCUUCCUACAACAGCCUCUUCCCUCUGGUGUACUGUGUGCUCCUGAUUCUGUUAGCAAGGAGGAAAAAGGUAGCAGGAGCCUCACCAGCCCCCUCACCCAAUAAAGGGGUCCUUGUCCAGAGGCUGGUGUCUCUGUUCUCAUUGGGGACCUACAGGACAUUUUGAUCAGAGACAAGCAACAAGACAGGAUGUCAAAGGGAGUGCUACCCUGGUGGGUUGCAUGGGGGUGACUGAAAGCAGAUCUAAAAGAAGAGAAAAACAAGCAUAUAGCACUGGAACCCGCAGCGUAAUGGGAGCAAAGGCAUGGGGUGGGUGGGCAAGUGUGAUGGGUGGCUGGGAAAUGAUGUGAGAAGAGGCUGAGUUGACACAGGGCUGCCCCAGUUCAUGGUGCGCUUGCCGCUGAAGGGAGGAAGGUUAAUCUGGUUAGAGCAUGAUGAGGUCUCCAUCCUUUCCCCUUCUCAUGGCCUGCAGGAUAGCCACAUCACCACCCAACUUAGUCUUCCUCUUCUUCGUAAGCUUGCCACCAUCUUUGGCUGCUUCCCAACUUGUGGAGUUGGUGGGCUUUGGUAGGACUACAAAGCCCAUGAUGGAACCACCCUAGGGUCUGACUGUCCUUGGACUGGAGGUCAUGGAAACAGGAAGCCUUCCUAACUCAGCCUUUUCUCACAGAUGGGAGGCCUGAUCAUUUCCUUGAUCUUUUGAGUUGGUGUAGUUUCUGACCAGGUGAUCUCUGAGGAUGUUUCUACUUCUGAAAUUUUUAUUUUAUGACUCAAGUUUGA